AUGAUUCUACAGGCAUUGUCUUAUGUAGGAACCGUACUAGGUUUCCUGUUUCUGACUCUUUCCAUCGCGGCAGGCUUAUACUACAUUAGUGAACUGGUGGAAGAACAUUCAGAGCCCACGAAGCGGUUCUUGAAAAGAACAAUAUACGCCAUCAUCUGUCUAUAUGUGCUCCUGCUGGUGCUCGACUCUUUCCCCUUCAAGCUCAGCAUUUUUUCCAUUGCAUCGUACGUGGUCUACUUGCGAAACCUAAAACACUUUCCCUUCAUUUCCCUGAGCAGCCCCACAUUUCUUGCGAGUUGCGUGUUGGUCGGGCUCAAUCACUAUCUAUGGUUUAGACACUUCAAUGACACGGAAGUUCCUCCUCAGUUCAGGUACGACCCCAACUACAUACCACGCAGACGGGCUAGUUUCACAGAGGUCGCGUCGUUUUUCGGCGUGUGUGUGUGGUUCGUACCAUUCGCGUUGUUUGUAUCGCUUUCAGCUGGUGAGAACGUUUUGCCUACCACAACUGCCGGCUUUUCGAAGAAAAACGAUGAAUUUGGCGGGGAAACACCUCAGUUACGCAAAAAGGCCACUGGUCUCGUUCGCGUAGUGAUUGACUCUGCAAGGGAGUAUUUUUACAUAGCGGCACGAGUAUUUGGUUACGACAAUCACUCACAAAGAGGUAGAUUGGUGGUAUGA